AUGCUGCAUCGUCAAACCACUGCAAUAAUUAGUAAUACAUCGAAACAUCCUGAAUCAUCGUUGUCGUUAACGCCCGCCGAGUGUCAGCAGAUGUCAUCAUCUAUUCCGCCUAAGCAAUCGCCGAAUGUUCCAUCUACCCAACAGUGUCAGCCGCAUGUGUCUUUAAGUCCACCGGUCACUGCCCCGACGACUAGCCACUGUUCGUCACUGAUUAAGCAAACUUACCAAUCAGUUCCAGCUGCGGUGCUACUUUCUACCGCUCUUGUAAAGGUUUUUGGUACAACUAGUAAUUUCGUGUGGGCACGAGCUCUCCUGGAUUCCGGUUCCGAGUUUAAUUUUGUUUCGGAACGACUAGUUCAAAUGCUGCAUCUGCAACGUACCAAAGAAUUUGUUCCGGUCAGAGGCAUCGGAGCUUCAGCCACUUCGUCGAAAUAUUUCACCCAUAUUCGCGUCCAAUCCCAGUAUAAUAAUUUUGAAGACAACUGGAAAUUCCAUGUGCUUUUAAAAAUUACUCUACAGCUGCCAAAUCAAUUCAUCGAUGUUGCGCAGUUGGAGUUGCCGCCUGAUACCGUGUUAGCCGAUCCUUCGUUUUACAAACCAGGUCAUAUCGACCUGAUUCUUGAUGUGCAAGUUUUCUACGAGCUUCUACGUGACGGUCGGAUCAAAAUAGGUAAUGCUGGACCAGUAUUGCAAAACACUCCUCUUGGUUGGGUGAUUUCAGGGAGGGUUAAGCUAGAAAACCUUCAUUCAGCGGUCGCCAACGUGGCUCAUGUAGGGCCGUCAGCCUCGAUCGAGGAGUUACUUACACGUUUCUGGGAAAUCGAAUCCUGCCGUAUCCAGAGCACCCAAUCAAUUGAAGAAGCAGAGUGCGAAAAAUACUUCGAUAAAACGGUCACCAGAGAUUCGUCGGGUCGGUUCGUUGUUACACUUCCUAAAAGGUCAUCGUUGAUUUCGCAGCUUGGGAGUUCCAGAGACAUUGCUGAUCGCCGAUUCUAUUCGUUAGAACGUCGCUUAAAUGCAAAUCCUGCGCUAAAGAAAGCCUACUCAGCGUUUAUUCACGAGUACAUAAAUCUAGGCCACAUGAAACUAAUCGAUGAUUCAACGGCCAACCCAUCCGAACCAUCUUACUAUCUUCCUCAUCAUUGUAUCGUUAGACCAGAUAGUACUACCUCCAAAUUGCGCGUCGUUUUCGACGCAUCAUGUGCCACGGAUUCUGGAAUAGCGCUCAAUGAUACGCUAAUCGUUGGCCCAGUCAUACAAGAUGACCUGUUAUGCCACAUAUUGAGAUUUAGGAUGCCAAAAUUCGUCAUAACCGCCGACAUCGAGAAGAUGUACCGGCAGAUAAGGGUUUGCGAAGCUGAUCAACCUCUCCAGAGAAUUAGAUGGAGAGACAACCCAUUUGAACCGGUUAAAAGCUAUCAACUGAUGACAGUAACGUACGGUACAUCAUCCGCUCCAUACCUUGCAACUAAAUGUUUGCAGAGACUCUCGCGGGAUAAUACAGGAAAUUUCCCGCUCGCAUCGAUUGUCGUUCGUCGUGAUUUUUAUAUGGAUGACUUGCUUACGGGAACUAACAGUGUCGAAGAAGGUCAACAACUCUGUCAGGAAUUGCUUGCUAUAACCAAAUCUGCUGGCUUUGUCCUUCGCAAGUGGGCGUCAAACAAUCUCGCGAUUAUUCGGGAUGUACCUGUGGAACUGAAAGACGAACGCACACUACUAAAAUUGGACGCUUCAUCCAUCAAAACCCUGGGACUACAGUGGGAUACCGUCACCGAUGAAUUUAAAUUCGAGGUUCCAAAGCAUAGUGAUCGACUACCGAUUACGAAACGAAGGGUCUACUCUGAUAUCGCACGCCUAUUCGAUCCCCUAGGACUGGUGGGACCAGUCGUAGUCCAAGCUAAGUUAUUUCUACAAAGGCUCUGGCACGAAAACAACGAUUGGGACGUUGAAUUAGCACGAUUGGAUAGGAUUCAGAGAUAG